AGAGGAUGUUGCUAAGAAGAGCAGCCCUUGAAUCGGUGGUAGCUCAGAAACAGCUCCAGUUCAUACCGUCACUUUUCGGCAGGAAUUUUCGCACUAGCCAACAUUGCUGUCUUCAAGGUGCCACAGCCGAGGUCGGCGAAGGACAUAAGCCAGUGGCCCUCGACUAUGAAUUCUACGAGGCGCCUCGAUCCGGCGGAUCGCACAGCGCCAAUACGGACGCAGUAGUGCUAUGCCAUGGACUCUUUGGUUCAAAGCAGAAUUGGAGAUCAUUGGGUAAAGCGAUCUCGCAAAAAACGGGCGUCAAGGUGUAUGCCCUGGACCUUCGCAACCAUGGAACAUCGCCACACGUCGACAGCAUGAGCUACUUGGGCAUGGCAACAGAUUUAGGGAAGUUCUUCAAAGACCACAGUAUCCGCAAUGCAACCCUCAUUGGUCAUUCAAUGGGCGGAAAAGCCGUGCAGAGUUUCGCUCUCUCUCCUACAUUGCCACAAGACGCCCUCUCACAUCUCGUCAGCGUCGACAUGUCGCCUGCACGAGGGCCGCUGAGCAACGAGUUCGCUCAAUAUAUCGAGGGCAUGAUUGAGAUUGAGGAAGCAAAGUGCACGUCCCGUCACCAGGCAGACGAGAUUCUUCAGAGAUAUGAGCAGGAACUCGGCAUUCGUCAAUUCCUCCUCACCAACCUUGUGCGUGCUCCUGGGGCAAAUUAUUGGACAUUUCGAAUUCCGGUCAAACUCAUCAAAAGGCACUUGGACGAGAUCGGUGACUUUCCAUACGACUCCGAAGCCAUACAUGGGACGAGACCGGUCCGCACUUGGUCAGGGCGGGCUUUGUUCGUUAAAGGCGCAAAGAGCAAGUACAUAAACCGCAAAAACCGGCCAUUGUGCGAUGCCUUCUUCCGUAAUGCUCGCCACGUCGAGCUAGACACGGGUCAUUGGGUGCAGGCUGAAGACCCAAAGUCGUUUAUCAAAGAGCUUGUGAACUUCAUAGAGACCAGUCCGUCUUGAGAAAUCCAAUGACACAGGCGCUGUCGUAAUAGAGACAAGCGGCGGUUCACUCUAGUCUUUGCGGAGAGAACCAGACCAGACCCUGUCGUAGACCCUGUCGUCCACCCCCCCAAUCAGCGGAGACGACAGGCACUUGUGAACUUAGAACAUUUUUGCAUAUAAGAUCAAUG